UUUUAAACGUAAGGAAAAGGAGAAACAGGAAAGAAAAAGACGAGACCUGCCUCCAUGGCAGCCGAGGGUUCCGGCGGCGGCGGCAGCGACCGGAAAAGCUCGCCGGUGCCGACGAAGUCCGGAGGAACCGGUGCGGCGAAGUUCCUCGCCGGCUUGCCGUCGCGCGGCAACUUCGCCUCCAGCUCCGUAUCCAGCCUGGGGGGGCUCAGGGUUUACGUCUGCGAGCACAGCACGAAUCCCCCAGAAGGACAAGUUAUAAAGACAGAUGCAACAAAUAUUUUAAUCAGACAUCUCCAGUUGAACAAACAGAAGAGUGAGGCCAAAGAUGCAGGUUCUAGGGUACCAGGGGAAAGCAGCAAAGGGAAAAGAUCUGCUGCCAGAAGCUUGGAUGUCAACAAUUCAGCUAAGAGGCCCAACUUGGGUAGUUCAUCUGGAUCACCUGCCUAUGAAGAAGCAAUAUCUGGCUUUUCACAGCACACACUGCAGUCAUUUACAGUUGAGAGGCUGCGUGGACUUCUACGACAAAGUGGUCUCUCAACUAAAGGGAAAAAGGAUGAAUUGAUCGCUCGCUUAAGGGAGGUGCAGGGUUGACAUUAAGCUCAUUUUGUUUUGUUGAUCCAAUACCUGUGGGCAAUGUCGAACUCUGAUGAGGAGCAGGAUGAGUAGAGCAAGACUGUACUUGUUUUUUUUUUUUUUUUUUGAGCUAAAGCAGACUGUACUUGUUGAGCUGUUGUUCUGUUUAAACUUCAGGUGACGUAGUGACAUACUUCAGACUUCAGAGCUUAUCUGUAGUCAAAAUUUGUUGAGUGGCUGUUAUGUUUUGACCGUCUGGUCUUAAUUAUUUUCUUAUAUGAAAUUAAUUAGAAAUGCAGA